AAGGAGGGGGGGCAUGGAGGGGAGUGACUACUGAUGCUCUGAUAAUCAGCACUUUCAGAGUCGGCGCUGUGGCGAGCAGCGCAGCAGCAAAAAUUCUCCACGGCAGCGUGAGACGUCAACAAAAGCUGAAAAGCAGGAUGGGAAAGCUGAGUAAUAUGAGGAAGUGACACUGCCAUUUAGAACACGAGACUUGGGACCAUUCUUCUGCCCCCUCUCAGUUGGAUUUACAGCUUUUUUUCCUUUAAAAUAACAGAGUGGUCAGCUCUGGUCUGCAAGAAAAGGGGAGCUUGUUAAAUUUUAGAGGUGGCAUCAGACGUCCUGCAGAGAUGUCCUGGUUGUCUCCGGUUCAGUGGGCCAAAUGGACGUGGUCAGCCGUGACUGGAGGUGCAGGAGAUGAUGGACAACUCGGAGCGAAGGAUGAAGGAGAGGACAAUUCAGACUCAGAGGGGACUUUUGGGACUCCAGAGGCUGGAUCUCCAGUUGUUGAAGAGCUGCUGAGCCAGCUGGACAACUCCAUCCACACAGUUGCUGCUGAUAUUACAAACCACAUUUUGGACAGUAACUCAAACCAAGACGCCACCACAGCUCCGCCAGAUGAGACAACGUCACCCAAUGAUGGCACCUUUAGUUUAGAUCAAAACCUCAAUGUAACUAAAUGCUCUAAAUCUGACCUUGAGGAGGGUUUGUCCUCAUCCAGCCCCCAGGUCAAUUCUCAAACCCGUCAGCUCCCAUUGCUGCCCCCCCUCUCUCUUCUGAUCAAGCCUGAUCCUUCAGAGGUGGACGAUGACCCCCCCGUGAUACCUGAUGUCAGCUCAGGCUCAAACCUAACUGUGGAUCCUGACUUGCUGAAUGGGAACAUGAAGGCUGAUGGGAUGCUGUCAAACGCAAAGCUCAGCUGUGAGAUAAACGACUCCGUUGUCACGAAUAAUAUAAAUCAAAAUCAAGGAAUGACGAAAGACUUUUGUAGAAAGGAUGACCCUCAUGGUGGCCACGCUACAGAUGAGGAGAAGUUGGCCGGCAGCGUGGGCGUCAAACCAGAAAGGAUCCAAAACGUCUCGGGAAGCCAGGUGACAUCCAAACCUGUGGAGUCUGAAUUCAACUCUGUGCAGUAUGAAGACUCAUGCAAACUGAAGCGUCCCUCUGGGGGAAGUGAGAUGCAAAAAACAGGAAGUCAGGUCCUGGAUUCCAUCUGCAUCAGUGAGGCUGAAAAACAGGCCAUUCUCAGCCUUAUCCGAGAAGAGGUCAUCACAAAAGAGGCUGAAGUCAACGAAUGGAAGAAAAAGUACGAGCAGGGCAAACAACAAGUGGAAGAGAUGAGAAAGAUUGUUGCAGAGUAUGAGACCACGAUUGCUCAGAUGAUCGAGGAUGAACAGCGUAGGACCCUAAGUUCCCAGAAGGCUUUGCAUGCGGUGACUUUGGAGAAGGAGGCUGCACUGGCGGACCUGAACUCCGUUGAGCGUUCUCUCUCAGAUUUGUUCCGGCGUUAUGAGAGCACAAAGAGCAAUCUUGAUGGUUUUAAGAAAAAUGAAGAAGUUCUGAAGAAAUGUGCUCAAGACUAUCUGGCCAGAAUCAAGCAGGAGGAGCAGAGAUAUCAAACGUUAAAGCUACACACAGAAGAAAAACUCAACAAGGCCAACGAGGAGAUCGCUACAGUACGUACUAAGUCGAGCUCCGAGAACAUGGCGCUGACCGCCAGCCUGAGGAAGGAGCAGAUGAAAAAUGAAUCUCUGGAACAAGCUUUGCAGCAGAAAAAUCAGGAGAUCGAGGAACUCACAAAGAUCUGUGAUGAGCUGAUUGCCAAAAUGGGAAAAUCCGACUGAAACUUCAUUGAAGUCCGGCUGGAUCGUCCCUCCAGCCCCUGCACUUACCCCUCAGCGAUGCCCCGUGCAUGCCCCCAUCACGAAGCAGCUCUCACACCGCAUCACAUGCCUGUCAUGCUGCUUAUGUGUAACUACACAUACUGUACUAAUGCACUACUUUUGAUGAGAACCUGUUACUACAUGUGAUCGUUUUGUUUCAUGUCCAUUUCGAGGUCGUCUUGAGCCUGUGGGAUUUUUUUUUCUGUCCUGCCAGCGAACAACAGCUGCUUUGUGACACAGCUUGUAUUUAAUGGCUUAAUUCCCAGUAACCGCCUGCAGGAGGACAUCAAACUUAACGAAAGCCGAAGUCUGUUUAGCAGUUGCUUUUAGGCUCGCGCCUAUCAGGGUCAUCGAUGAGAAGAGAUUUAUUUUGAAGACGCGUACAUAAAUUGUAUUUUUAUAUGAAGUUAAGAAAAUUUGUAUUCUGAAAGUGCCCUGCUCGGGGGGUUUGUGAUGCAAAGUGGAAGGGGGGGGCAGUUGUUCAAGGGCACACUGUCCUCAUAUGUCUGUCUUUGUUUGGCCCUGAAACAAAAGAGGCAAAUUAUUUACUGCUUCAUCUACUUGACAGCAUAAAACAUUCAAUGACAAUACAGGAAGCUGCAGAAACUUUCACUACGAUGAAACUAACUUCUUCUGAGUUCAAAAAGUGACUCCAUUACUAGCCGGUAGCUAGCCAAAAUUAGAAAAUUCUGAAUGACUUGAAUCGCAGAUGAGACAAUACUUUGAGGUAUUUUAGUACUAAUACAGUUUUCAAGUGUCAAUCAAAUGUUCUUCUAGCCUCUUUGGUGUUCUAUGUCCUCAUGUUUGAUGAUGUGAGCUCCAAUUCAUGUAUUUACAGUAAAGCCAUGUCUAUAAAAGUUUAUUUAAAUUGUUUUUUUCAACCAAUAACAAGAACUGCACUAAAUAAACAGAAGUUCCAGAAUUGAAAGGUUUUUUUUUUUGUUAAUUCAUGGUUAAAACUAUAAAAGCAACUGAUGUGACAUAGAAUAUAUAUUUAACUUGACUCUGAUGUUAUAUUAACUUUUGUUCCUAAAAGUAUUUGACUUGACUGAUGUUGUGUGUCAGUCGAUAUUUGUAACAAUAGUUGUUUUCUUUAUGUAGUUGUGGGUCAGAAAUGAGCUCACACAUGUUCAUAUGUGCUUGUAAUAAAUAAAAUAUAGUUUGUUCUACUA